AUGCAUUACGCAUACGCACUGUGGGCCGUUGCAAUAUGCGUGUGCCACACGUGGCUGCCACAGCUGGUGGCAGCAUCAGCAUCAUCAUUAUCGACUGGCGCCAAGCGCUACGAUUUCUUUGCGCGCACCGGCGACAAUCUGGUGCGUUUGCCCUUCUUCGGCGGCGGCGUCGCCCAGCUGCUGCGCUACCUGCGCCCCAUGGAGCAGGCGGGCGGCAUUGAACGGCGCUCGGCGCUGCGCAUGUCGCUGGACGAGAACUACGUGAGCUAUCGUGGCGCUCAACUCUGGAAGCUCAACUUCAAUGGGACACGCAGGCGCGGCGACAGCUCACCGGAUGCCCAGUUCAAUCAAUUUGUGGAAGACUUUGGCAGCGAGGUGUGGAACAUCAACCAGGACGGCAUCGAUAUAAUCAUCGAGCACAAGAAUGUGGCGGCCGCCCAGCAGUACAUGGAACAGACCGCCUUCAGCUAUAACAUCAUGAUCGAUGACAUCGAGACGGCCAUCGAUGAGACCUACACGGAGGUCAACGAGGCGGACACCGAUAACACGCUCGCCAACUACUCGCUGCCCUGGCUAAACCGCGAGGGUGCACUGCUCACCUGGCGAAGGUACCACGAUCAGGGCGAUAUGCAGCAGUUCCUUCAGAAUAUAUUGGAAACGCAUUCCGAACUGGCGGAGAUCGUGCAAAUUGGCCUCACACGCAACAAGCGACCGCUCGAGGUGCUCAGAAUCUCGAAUGGCAAUCCGAAUAAUUGGGCCGUUUUUGUGGAUGCCGGAAUGCAGGCGCGCGACUGGCUCAGCCCUGCGGCGCUGACCUAUGCCAUCUCGAAGCUGAGCUGGCUGUGGGAGCAGGAUGAGGCGGAUAAGGCAAUGCGUCACAUCGAUUGGUACUUUCUGCCAUUGGCUAAUCCCGAUGGCUAUCAGUACUCGCGCCUCACCGAUCGCCUGUGGACCAAGAAUCGCAGUUACGACAGCGCCAGCGGCUGCUAUGGCGUCAAUUUGGAUCGCAACUUUGACUAUGGCUGGGGCCAGGCGGGCUCCACGUCGAAUCCGUGCAAGAAUCUGUACCAUGGCGCGAAGAGCUUCUCCGAGCCGGAGACGCGUGCCAUGCGCAACUUUUUGCUCGGCAUGCGCGACUAUUUGGGCGCAUAUGUGUCCUUCGGUGGCUACGGCCAGGCGAUCACCUAUCCCUGGGGCGAUGCUGACUAUGUGACCAGCAAUCAGCGAGAGCUGCGCAACACGGCCCGCCAGGCGAUCCUCAACUUUCGCCGGCUCAACCAUGCCGAGUACAGCAUGGGCAGCAGCUAUCGCCAGAAGCUGGCGCGAUCGGGCAAUGCGGCCGACUGGGUGCAACAGCACAUUGAGCCGCAAUAUGUGUACAAUGUCUUCCUUAAAGAUCAGGGUCGUUAUGGCUACCUAAUGCCGCCGCACUACAUACUCGAGUCCGGCGAGGAGGCCUACGAAUUUCUCAAGACCAUAGCUCAACAGCUGCACUAA